AAGCUCUUCCAUCAUUCAAAUAUAAUUUCCAAAAAUAAAAGAAAGAGAGAAUAAAUCCUAUGCUGGGGGACAUAUUACUAUCAUAUCCAGAGAAAUACGUCAAACGACCGAAACCUUAUCCAAACCGGUGAACCCAAUGGCAGAACGCCACGUCGGCGGCAAAGAUCGUGAUGUAUCCAAUGCUGGCUGUCUGAGGCCACAGAAUGCUCAUGUGGCUGUGAUGCAGAAUCUGCCACUGAGUUUUGCUUAUAACCCUUUUGGACUGCACAAAACUAAUCUGUAAAGUCAAAAUCAUCAAAUCACAGCUUGAAGAAGGAGAGAGACCAAGAAAAUCUGUAGCUCGAUCUCUCUCAGUUUCAGCACAACAAUGGCAACAACAGUCAUGACAUCUCUACCUCAGUUCAAUGGCCUCAGGCCCACUGCUUCAGCAGCUCCCGUGCAGAGUCUGGCUGCGGUUGUUCAGCCGAUGAGGCGCAAGGGAAAGGGAAGGUUGGGCGCUCGCUGCGACUUCAUUGGUUCGCCCACGAACUUGAUCAUGGUGACCACAACAACCCUGAUGCUGUUUGCUGGGAGGUUCGGGUUGGCGCCGUCGGCGAACCGGAAGGCCACCGCCGGUCUGAAGUUGGAGGCGAGGGACUCGGGUCUGCAGACCGGCGACCCGGCCGGCUUCACUCUCGCCGACACCUUGGCUUGCGGCAGCGUUGGCCACAUCAUCGGUGUUGGGGUUGUUCUUGGCCUCAAGAACUUGGGUGCCCUGUAAAAACAAAAUUGUUGAAGAAAAGAAGUUGCACUAGUUUUGUUCUA